AUGUCCAACAGCAGCAACGUCGGUAGAGAGCCACCCACCGACAUUUUUAGUAACUUCAAGUGCGGGCUCGUGACUGAGACUGGAUUUGGAGAGCUGGUGUAUUUGAAAAUCACACACAAGCUGAAUUUGAAAUUCAUCUCGUCGUUGAUGUUCAGAGUAGAUCCAGAUCAAUAUGUAUUAGAAUUGGAUCAGUCAAGGAAAAUUCCAAUCACUGACCAAGACAUCAAAUCCGGCAUCGCCAAUGGCAACAGCACAAUUCACAUAGUUGGAUGCCACCUUCUCCUCCAGGUAAUUGCUUUGGACAAGAUCGAAAAAUCGAGCAGGCACAUCGCACAGAAUAUCCUCCCCCGUGUCAAAGUUUUCGAUCAUGAGUUAGUUAAGAAGGCAAUUGACUCAAUUACAUCCCACCAAGGACAAGAAGUUAUUUAUGCUGGUUUAGAAUGUGUUCUCAACCAGGUGGCCAAGUUAAAAGUUCACCAUCCCAACCAGAUCACAAACAACAUUUGCGCCCCUUCCUAUUUGAAGUUCCCGGUUCACGCUGCUAAUAAGAUUAAACCACGAAGCUCUAUUGGACCUGUAGAGUUUGCGAACAUAAUGGGACGGAAGUACCCAAACAUGGCAGAUGACCUCAUUGGAAUCGUUCUGAAGGAGCACAACACCAGGCUUAUGGCAAACAUGACCGAGAUACGACACACCACCCAAAUUGACAUGCUAAAAUUUCUUGACGAGCUAGCUGGAUGUUUGUCGAGCAGAUGUAUAUGUUGCCAACUAGCUGGUCUAACGACAUGCCGUUUGGUAGACAACAACACAGCAUGUCAAGGAAUGGGCAAUGAAAAGCUUGGACAACAGGAGGAUCUUUCUGACAGCGAAGCAUAUAGCUCCACUGGACAUGUUCAUCAAGCUUGGAAACGGGUAUAUGUACACAGCAGUUAUAAUAUUGUGGAUGACACCCACAUCGGCCAAAACAAGAAGCACAAGAAUAACCAACCAGGCAGUUUUGUUCAUGACGGCAACCACGACAAUCUAUCAGUGUCACAGGCUAGACCAGAUAGGGGCACCGAAUCUUCCGCUGACCUAAUGAGCCUUGUUUACUACAAUGAUCAUCUUUUUUCCAGUAUCGUACUUUCUUACGAGGAUUGCACAGGAGUUUGUUUCUCACAGUUAACAGCCACGGCCCCGCCCGCCAUAGAUUUAUCAUGCAAAUCAUUUGUGUCAGACCCAUGGUCUUCCACUUCAACGCCACACCCCCCGGCCGAUUCAAGCAAAAUCAUUGCAUUCUGCAUAUCAAAUGACCUGGAGGACAGCAUGUCUAGAUAUGGAUCGAGCACCCUACGCUCAGGCUAUUGAUAUUGAGGGGGGAUAUUCUACAUGACCAGAUCAUCGGCAAACAGGCUAUAAGCCAUGAAUGUGUGACCCUCAUUGUUCGUCGAUUAGCACAGAUCGAACGGGCCAAUUCAAAAGAUCGAGAUUUUGCAAUUUGGUGAAAGUUCAUCGAGCCAAACUUUACGGUACAUUCCUAUGUUUGCUCUUAUAUAUGCAUCAGAUGUGUGGAAUCUAUCUUCUCAAGUUGGCCUUGCACCCCUAAUGGAUGGACCAGAGAGUAUCCUACUUUGCUGAUAGACAAAACUGUAAGUGAACAGUCUGGCAUAUAUUCAUUAUUCAUGGCAAUCCACUAUGACGGCGAGACAUUGCGAAGCCUGACCACGAAGGGAAACAUAUCUUCUUUUCGCUGAGGCACCCUCCAAGACAUCAUGAAGCUUGAGGAUAACAAAUCGGACGCACCUUACAAGGCAAUGCAGCACAACAGAGCAACUGUAAACAUUGUAGUUUGAUAGACAUCUUCAGUCAGCAUAUGAGAAAUGUACCCACGGCCAAAAUAAGUUGCAUGGUCGUCGUGCAGACCGAACCAAUCAGCUGGUAAACACCCAAGUCUUCGCACGCGCUCCAUGCAUGCAUGCACACUGGCAACCUGGCCCUACUCGCCACAGCUGGAGCCAGUUAGUACAUUUUACUGGAAGACCUGGUAGCUUUUUGUUUCGAGGUCCACUAUCACGGCCUGGCUGGCUAUUGUCGACAAUGUUUAUGCUGGACCUACCCCCAUUUGCAUGCACUCCA